UCUCUCUCUCUCUCUCUCCUGUGGAGAAGUGAUUAUCAAAACAUAUUGAAAGAUGGGGGAAGAGAAAGAAGAAAGCAAGAAAGAUAUAGCUUCUACAGAAACCGAAUCAAAAUCAACACCACCACCACCGGAACCAAAAUCGACUUCAGUUGCAGCAGAACCACCUGAGAAACUGAAGCCUGUUCAUGGCGGUGACGAUGCUGGACUUGAAAUUGUUGUCACAGAGAAGAGAAUGGCGCUAAUCAAAGCCUGGGAAGAGAACGAGAAGACAAAGGCAGACAACAAGGCAUACACGAAAGUGUUAGCAAUCGGCGCAUGGGAGAAUAGUAAAAGAGCAGAAGUAGAAGCUAACCUCAAAAAGAUUGAGGUAGACAUCGAAAACGAGAAGGUGAAACAGAGGGAAAUAAUGAAGAUGAAGAUGGCAACAGUUCAGAAGGAAGCAGAAGAAAAACGGGCUGCCAUUGAAGCCAAAAAGGGGCAAGACAUCAUCAACGCAGAGCAAUUAGCUGCAAAGUUCCAUGCUACUGGAACUUUGCCCAGCAAGUUGUUUAAAUGUUUCGGCUACUAAUAAGCUAAAAUCACCAAGAAGAAAAAUCAACUCCCUUCUCAAAAGUUCACCUUAUGCUAUAUGCACAUAUCAAUAUAUACCACGACAAGAUGUCGGACGAAGCUCACAUUGUUCAUGAACUUCCGACAACAAAUUUUAGAACUUAUGUCGUUUAUUGUCUUACGAUUUCUUUUCAGCAAACCUGGGUUUUGUACAAUCUAUUUCAGCUAUAAUGUGUUGAAAACUAUGAGUUGUUC